AACUUCCGACGCGGUUUUACUUCCGUACCCAUCUCAUCACGUACCCAUCUCAUCACGUACCCUCCGCUAAAUAUUUUUUAUACUAGUUCUUAACUGACGGAAUCCUCUACGCUGCACUUCUGUACGUAUAUAAACAACUAAAACAUCAUUUAUUCAUAUUGUCGUUCGGAACCUCAGCCCAGUUUGUUUUAGCAGAGUUAUAAAAGAGACAUCAAAGAGACCCUAAACAACGAUCGAAAGAGAGCGUGUUAGGAUUUUCGCCUAGAAAUGUGUGCAAGAACGACAGCAAUAUAUAUCGGGAAACGUCCAGGGCCAAAAGAGGAGAACGAGCGACAAAGUUAUCAACUCCACGACAUUGUUUGGAAGCAGCUUCGAGUUGUGUUACGCAGAGCAGACGUAAGUGAAAAAUAUCUUCGUCAUGAACAACGGGAGCCAGAGUACCCUCACAUUAAAAAGGAGAACGAAGAGCCGCUCAAAGAGGAAGAAAACAAUGAUAUUGCCAAUUUGUCCUCGAACUUUGUGUCUUUCAAGAGUGAAGAAGACAAAGUUCAAACUGAGGAGAGCCAAAAGGCGCAGCCUCCAAGCAGCGGCUCAAGUCAUCACAUGACAACAGAAGAUGUCAGUAAAAAAAAUCUUAGUCUUGAGCAACAGGAGCCAAAGUGCCCUCUCAUUAAAAAGGAGUAUGAAGAGCCGCUCCGCAUCAAAGACGAAGAAAUGUUCUUGAGUGAAGAAGACAAUGUUCAAAGUGAGCAGAGCAGAGGGACAGUGCGUCCAAGCAGCGGCUCAAGUCCACACGUGACAUCAGAAUGGGAUCGAGACUACUGUGGAAAGUCACCAGCAGAUUGUGACAUCACGUCACACUUUGACAAUGAUCUUAUGACAUUUCCCAAUGACAGUAAAUUCUGGGGUUGUUCUGAUUGCGGUAAGAAAUUUAGUUCAAAGGGGCAUUUGAAAGUUCACUUCAGAAUACAUACUGAAGAGAAAUCUUUUACCUGUUUGGUUUGUGGUAAAUGUUUCUCUAAAAAGGCAAGUUUAACAAAGCACAGAAGAAAACACGCUGGAGAGAAACUUUUUGCCUGCUCAGUUACACACACUGGGGUGAAACGUUUUGAAGAUGAUGGAGAUGACUGUGGAGAAUCACAAGUUGAUAGUGACAGUAGUUUGUCACAUUUCCCAGAGGAAGAGGAGGAGCUGGAAGAAGAGGGUGAAGAGUUGGAGGAGGAACCCUCCAAAUAUGAUAAGGGAGGUCACCCGAGCAAAUGCUGGAAAUGUUCUCAGUGUGGGAAUACGUUUGCUUCAAAGAGGAAUUUAAAAGUUCACACAAGAACACAUACUUGUGUAAAACGGGUCGCCUACUCAGUUUGUGGUGAAGGAGUCUCUCAAAAAAUAUGUUUGAAAAGGCACACUGAAGAAGAACCUGAUGCCUGCUCAAUCUGCGUUGAAAUAUUCUCUCAAAAGGCCGAUUUAAGAGCACACAAAAGAAACCACACGAUGGACAAAGAUUUUGUCUGCUCUAUUUGUGGAAAAAUAGUAUCUUCAAAGGCAUGUUUAAUAAGACAUACAUUAUUACACACUGGCGAAAAGCUUCAUGCCUGCUCAGUUUGUGGUAAAAGAUUUUCUCGAAAGUCGCAUGUGACGAGACACGAAAUAAUUCACACUGGAGAGAAAUUGUUUGGCUGCUCAGAGUGUGGUCGAAAUUUUUUGAUGAAGUCCCAUUUAAAAGAACACCAUAAAACCCAUACUGGGGAGCAACCUUUUGCCUGCUUAAUUUGUGGAAGAAGAUUCGCCGCAAAAGGCAAUUUGACAGUACACAUAAGAACACACACUGGAGAGACACCAUUUGAAUGCUCACUUUGUGGGCUGAGAUUCGGUGAAAAGAAGCAAUUAUCCAGACACGUUAGAAAACAUGGUCAAAAACCUUUUGCAUGCUCAAUUUGUGGUGCAAAAUUCUAUUUAAAGGAGAAUUUAAUACGGCACGCAAGAACGCACACAGGUGAGAAACCAUUCAGUUGCAGUGUCUGCUGUAAAAGCUUCACAUUUCAGCACCACAUUAAGAUCCACAAGUGUGUAGGUAAUGAAGCUUCAGCAUAAACAGAAACAAAUAGACUGGCUUGGAAUCAUUGACUUAUUCCCUACUUCAAACACCAGGAAAUUGGACCGCAUCAUACGUGUCCUCAAAUCAUUACACUGGCUUCCAGUAAAUCAAACAUUAGAUUUGAAAAAUCUUGCUGCUGGUCAAUAAAUCUCUAAACCAGUGGUUCUUAACCUGGGUUUGAUCAAACCCUAGGGGUUCGGUCAGUCGGUCUCAGGGGUUCGGCAGAGCCUCCACUGCGGAGGGCCGAACACCUGAAUGUCGUGUAAAUUCGUGAUAGCGCAUAUCUGAACUGGUCUCGUAAAGGCACCAGCAGAAGUCAUACUGAUUUGCUGGUAUGUCAUUUGUUGAGUUCAUGUAUAGUGUUGGUUUUAUUCUUUGAACAAGGUGAUGUUCUUGCACUGCUCAUUUUGUGCACCAGGAAAAAACAUCGAU